UCAAACUUUUACAUGUUUAUACUAUUUUUUUUUCAGUCAUGAUUUGGCAGCAUUGGACCCAAUUCCUAGUGCAGCUGUAACAACCCAGGCAUUGGCAAACUGCAUGAUCAGUUUUUAUGAUGUUCAAAUCCAAAAUAAAAUUGGUAGCACUUGGAGGUCUGGUUCUAUCGUUUUUGUCAUUGCUUGUACAUAUUUUUCUUGCAAAUACCAGUGCAGAGCUAGUACAGUACAACGUGAUGACGGGAUUUGUGGAGGAUUUAAAUAUAAAGGUUGUGGGAAAACAGGGUGCAUCUAGAAAGUUGUGGAAGAAGGUUAAACCUUUAGAGGCUUUGCAGCCAUAUGCCAACCCUAGAAAUAAAUAUCCUGUUCCUGUUGACCAAAAUAAUGGUUUCAUACAUGCCAAAAUUUUUGGUGGAUUCGAGAAAAUUAGAUCAUCGAUUUGUGAUCUUGUUACCAUAUCCAGGCUUCUCAAUGCUAGUCUGGUCAUCCCAGAGCUUCAAGAAAGUGCAAAUUCAAAAGGCAUCGGCUCUGAAUUUAAAAGCUUCUCAUACCUUUACAAUGAAGACCACUUCAUAAUCUCUCUUCGAAGUGAUGUGAUCAUUGUAAAAGACCUGCCACCAAAGCUGAAGCUGGCAAGGAAACGUAAAGAAUGUCCUAUUUUUAAGCCUGAGAAGUCAGCUUCUCCUGAGUAUUACAUUAAAGAAGUCUUGCCAAAGUUAAAGAAGGGGAAGAUCAUUGGAUUGGUGGUUGUCAAUGGAGGCUGUCUACAGCCUAUCCUCCCACCUAAGUUGGUUGAAUAUCAGAGGCUCAGAUGUAGGGUGGCAUUUCACGCGCUUCAUUUCCGUUCAGAAAUUUUAGCAUUGGCACAUCAAAUGUUGAAAAGGUUACGAGCUUCAGGGCAACCUUAUCUUGCAUAUCAUCCUGGCCUUGUAAGAGAUACUUUAGCUUAUCAAGGUUGUGCGGAGCUUUUCCAGGAUGUCCAUACUGAACUUGUUCAGUACCGAAGGGCACAAUUGAUAAAACAGAAACUUGUUAAUGAUGAACUAACCAUUGAUUCCUUUAUUCGGAAAGCAAAUGGCUUGUGUCCACUCAUGCCUGAAGAGGUAGGACUCCUUCUACGGGCCAUGGGUUAUCCACCGACAACGCGAAUCUACCUGGCAGGUUCUGAAAGAUUUGGUGGUCAACGUGUAAUGAUCCCACUACGUGCCAUGUAUACCAACUUAGUGGACCGCUCUAAUUUAUGCAAUAAGUACGAGCUAAACAAAUUAUUUGGCACUGAAAGGCCACUUUCUUCAAAUCCUUUCAACCAAACUCGUAAUAUAACUGCUGAGGAGAUGAAGAAAGAAUGGGAUCAGGCUGGCCCUCGUCCUCGUCCUUUGCCUCCACCUCCGGGCCGACCCAUUUAUCGACAUGAAAAAGAAGGAUGGUAUGGUUGGAUUACAGAGAAAGAUUCAGAGCCAGAUCCUUCACCAAUUGAUUUGAGGGAAAAAGCUCACAGGUUGUUGUGGGAUGCCCUUGAUUAUGUUGUAUCAGUUGAAGCAGAUGCAUUCUUCCCAGGGUUUAACAAUGAUGGUACGGGAUGGCCAGAUUUUUCAAGCUUGGUCAUGGGACAUCGGUUCUAUGAGAUGGCAUCUUCCCCAACUUAUCGACCCGACAGGAAAUUUCUUGCGAAUCUGUUUAACACCACCAGACACAAUCUUUAUUUUCCAACGCGAAACUGGACCCUUGCUGCACGCCAACAUUUAAACAACAGUCUUGGUGAGGAGGGACUCAACAGACACUUUCUUGAAUCGAAACCAAUCUCAUUCCUUUCUCAUCCAAUACCCGAAUGCAUUUGUACCAUCUCUCAAUCAAUUGGCGACAACGAGUGCCCCAAAUGGCUGAAAGAUAGUUCCUUUAGAUCCAAGACACAAGAGACUAACGAGAAUGAAGAAACCGAUGAUGAAACGGAUGAAGGGCAAUUAGGUAAUUCACAAGAUGAAGGCAGAUCAAAAAGUUCAGUUUUUGAACGAGAUUCGGAAAUGGAUCCGAACGACUAGAGACUAACGUGGAUAUAUACAGGUUUUUAUUCUUAUCUCUCAUUACUUACAUGAUAUUCUUUCGACAUAGAGGCUAAUAAAAGAGGACCCGAGGUCAUAAGAAUACACGUGCGAAUGUGUUUGUCAAAUAUUACGAACCACAUCGUGACGUGAACGGGAUAGAAACAGAAAAGGAAAAACUUCAUAUAUUUGAUUUUUAUAGCUUCCUUUAUUUCUAUAGAGUUGUCUGUAUAAU